UUGCCCUUCCCUUGCCGGUCUGCCCCCACCAACACAAAAUCGAUUUGUUUAUAUGCGGAUAUCGUUUAACACCAAAUUUGAAUUAUUAUCAAGAUUUCAGGAAUUUAUUAUCGAACAAAAUCGUAAUAAAUAAGUUAACGUUAUAUAAAUUCCCGGUAUUAUAUUUAUUGGUAGGCGCUUAUCUAUGCCGGGUUGGGCAGGCACAUGGUGAGCAACACGGGAAUUUAUUUAAACAAUAAUUUGAAAUAGCGAAUUUCAAAUAGAGAAAUGAGCGCUACUAGUGAGUCCAGCAGGGCAAUCUCUGGCCCUAUUAAUGUAAAAAGUGCCAUUCCCAAACAAAGGCAACAACUAUUGAAGUGGAAUGGCUGGGGCUACAAUGACUCCAAAUUUGUCUUUGAGGAUAAGCAGGGAGUUUACUUUAGUGGACAAAGGUAUUCCAUAGGAGAACUCAGUUUACCCCAUCUUAUUAGCUGGGUGACGGAAAAUUUAGGUGUGGACCUAGACCAUCCGCAGCUCAGCCAACCGCCGCCAAAAGACACUGAUUACCCACCCCCGAAUAUCUCUCAAACUAUUUUAGACCAAAUAAAAUCAUGGAACAUUGACUAUUCAGUGUCAACUAUAGACAGGCUUGUUCGGGCCCAUGGACAAACCAUGCAAGAUAUUUAUAUUUUAAGAAAAGGGAAGUUUGAGAGAAUCCCUGAUGUGGUCGUAUGGCCCAAAUGUCACCAAGACGUUGUGAAUUUGGUCAAUUUAGCCGACGAGAACGAUUUAGUGAUAAUUCCAUUUGGUGGAGGUACAGCAGUCUCAGGGGCAGUAGAAUGCCCCAGCAAGGAAUCAAGACCAAUCAUUUCUCUGGAUACAUCACAAAUGAACCGCAUUUUAUGGUUGGAUGAGGAAAACCUAGUGGCCUGCUGUGAAAGUGGUAUAAUAGGACAAGAUCUGGAAAGAGAGCUGACCUCACUAGGUUAUACUACUGGCCACGAACCUGACAGUUAUGAAUUUUCUAGUUUAGGAGGGUGGGUGGCUACAAGAGCUUCAGGGAUGAAGAAAAAUGUUUAUGGGAAUAUAGAGGAUCUUCUAGUGCACGUAAAAAUGGUCACUCCCAAGGGGGUGCUAGAGAAAAAUUGCCAGGUACCCAGAAUGAGUUGUGGUCCGGACUUUAACCAUGUCAUCAUGGGCUCCGAGGGAUCCCUGGGGGUAGUCACUGAGGUGGUGUUAAAAAUUCGUCCUCUACCCAAAUGCAAGAAGUAUGGUUCAAUAGUGUUUCCCGAUUUUGAGUCUGGCAUGAAGUGCAUGAGGGAGGUGGCCAAACAAAGAUGCCAACCAGCUUCGAUACGUUUAAUGGACAACGGGCAAUUUAAGUUCGGUCUCAUCCUGAAACCGGCUCCCUCUUACUUCGGCCUGAUCCUCGACGGUCUAAAGCAGAUUUACCUGACGGCGAUAAAAGGAUUCGACUUAAAUAAAAUCUGCGUGAUGACGCUUUUGUUCGAAGGGGACGAGCAGGGAGUGAAGCUAAACGAGCAGAAAAUUUAUGAAAUCGGUCAGUCUUACGGCGGAGUGCCGGCGGGUGAAAAAAAUGGCGAAAGGGGAUACAUGUUAACGUUUGUCAUUGCAUACUUGAGGGACUUAGCAAUUGAAUACAGCGUGUCGGCCGAAUCCUUCGAAACAUCAGUGCCUUGGGACCGAGCGGUCCGACUAAUUAGAAACGUAAAAUACGUGGUGGAAACCGAGUGCAUCAAACUGGGAAUUACACAUUACAUGAUCAAUUCGCGCGUUACGCAGACUUACGAUGCUGGAUGCGUGAUUUACUUUUACUUGGGGUUCAAUUUCUUCCAUUUACCCGAAGACCCAGUGCAAGUCCAUCAUAUGCUCGAAGAGAAGGCGCGUGAUGAAAUAAUCGCUUGUGGGGGCAGCAUUUCCCACCACCACGGGGUUGGGAAACUAAGAAGGAAAUGGUAUAAAAGUACAGUUUCUGAAGUGGGAGCUGAACUCUAUCGAUCCGUAAAAAAUGAGCUGGACCCCAAUAAUGUUUUUGCGACAAAUAACUUGAUUUCUUUGAUACCAAAGUCUAAGCUUUAAUAGGUCUGUUAAUUUAUGCGAAUCUAGCCAAAGUAUGUUUAGUCACUAGAAUUAUUGUUUUGUUUUAUAAGCGGAAAUACACAAAUGAAUGAGUAGAUUA